AUGCCCUUGAUCCUUGACAGGUACGGCGGCGGGGCAUCUACCGAUGCUGCCCAUACAUGGGCAAAUUUGCUUCUUUACCGGACUAUGUUGGCUGUACGGAAGGGAGCUGAACAGCUGCAGAUUCCUUUCGAGGUGCAGUCGACAUUGACGACCACUGCGAGGACGUUUCAAGACCCGUUGGCACCGGCUUGCUCCAGGCCAAGCCGGUUGCAAGAGCUGGAGUCGAACCUUGCGAUCGCGGACGAAAGCUGGCAAGGUGGAUUGCAACUUCAGGAGCUCCGCCCAGCAGACACGGCCAAAGCUCCCAGGGUGCCAUUGGAGGUGGCCCAACAGCUUCGGGAAGUGGCAAGGGCGGACGUGAUCCGAGAUCGAGACACGGAUCUCUGCCCGGGAGAGCUCACUCUCUGGCAGUUCUUCCACAAUGAAACCACCACGAGCUGCCCCAGCAACUCCACGGAAUGUGCGGGUUGUGCCGUCUUCUCGGAGGGGAAGUGCCAGAAGUGCGAGGACGGCUACCUCCGUCACAACGGUGCAUGCGUGGCCUGCCUCAGCACUAUCGACUGGGUCAACGAGAAGGGAGAAUCCUGCGACAGGAUCGCAGAGGCGGACUGCAACGACAGGCCAGUAAAGGGCCAGAGCAGCAAUCAGGCUUGCUGCAAGUGCAACGGAGGGCACAAGAGCCCCACGCCAUUCAAGUAUGCGGACAAGCGAUUUGCUGUAGGUGUCCCCGUUCACUUGGAGCCUUUUCCUCGAACGGCCACCAGGUACUCCGUGAAUGGCGACUGCAACCUGGCUGCCCGCAACCUGACCCUCGACGGCAGCACUGGCGUGAUCUCCUACGAGGCCUCCAUGGCCCGCCCGACGGAGGCUUUUUCUGUGCAGUGCGAAAUCACCGCACACCAGGGAAUCGGUCUUUCGGAGACGGUGAAGGUGUCGGUGGUUGUGGAGCACCUGACCUACUCGUCUUCUGUUCUAGUCUUCUCCCAGAAGAUGCCAGCCUACCCUGUCGCUGCUUCGGGCACGCUGCAGGACUUCAGCAUGGUGUGUGCACCCGAGCAGUCGUGGCUCUCUAUCGAUGCCUCUGGCACCGUCACCUCCCAGACCGGCGCCGAAGCCACCGGUGGCGUGACAGAGGCUGGGGACGAUUACUCCGGGAUGGAUGGCGGGGUCUGCGUGGUGACAGCCACCGAGGGGAAUAACACCAAGAGGACUGCCACCUUUGCGGCGAUCCGGCCUCGACCUUGGCCAGAGCUGGUCUACGAGUCCUCCUAUGCGGAGGUGGUCGUCGGCGAGCAGCUGCCACCAUUGAAGCUCAAGACACCGAAAGGAUACGAGGAAGGUGCAGGGGGACUCAAGCCGACCUCUUUCGUGAUCUCCUGCAGCGUUGGAGUCCCGAUCUGGUCCUACGACCGCAAUUGGGGCGUAGGCCUCUUGCAGAAUCAUCAGAUUCUCGAAGUUUCGCCGGAUGGAAGCAUCGCUCUUGCGCCCAGCGAGAGCAUGGCCCUGAUGUUCGAUGAGAUAACGGCAAAUCAGGCCCAUCGGAAAAACUUUCAAAUGCACUGUGGAGUGUACGGUCUCUUCCCGGGGACAGACUUUCUACCGAUUUUCACUCAGAUGGUCUUCAAGGUUAAGGACAACAAAUGCUGGGUGAAGGAGCGGAUCGUCGGCGAAGUUGUCUGGGAGGAGCAUACCACCGAGGAGACACACUGCCGGCAGGUCUGUCGUCAAUCAAAGGUCUGCUCCCAUUUCACCUAUGCUGAUGACACGUGCCGACACUAUCGAAUCAACACUGUGGAAGGGACGUCGGUGAUGACCUAUGCCAAGGUCACAGAUUGCACUGACCUGUCAACCUGCAUCCGUCUCAAGCAUCCUGAAUGGGUCGUUGCGGGCGAUUACUGUCCUGUGGAGUACGACAUCCGCCGUGGAGGCCCCGUCUAUCGGAAGGACAGCCUGAUUCCACAGGAGGUGAUGUAUCUUGCCAGCGUGCCGCGUGGUUCCAGAUCUCAGUGCGCUGGCGGAAGCUGGCUGGUGCAAAGGGCAAGGCCCGAGGCGGAUUACUUGGACCCGAAGCUGGGAUACUUCGAACUGGCCGGUGAAGAGAUGCUCUGCCUGGAGCAAGGAGUGCCCAGCACGAAGAACGCCACGAACACCACCGGCGCCGAAAGCUUCACCAUCUCACUGGACUGGGCUACCCUACAGUGUCCACAGCCACUGACCCACGAAGUCGACGAUGAUGUUCUGCAUCCUCUGGUCUUCGACGAUCCGACGACACUCCAGCCGGACGACUACUGGCUGCACCCUUGCGACUGCGUUCCGCCUGGCUGGGGCCUGGGCUUUCCCGCAAAUGCUCUCGUCGCAGAGGGCCUCCCUCCUGCCAGCGAUGGUGCCUUCAUUCCCCCGCCACUGCUCAUUGUUCAAGGCCAGUUCGCCUGCCCCUCCAGGCAGCUGCUUCCAGGAGCCAGGGGCAUCUACUUCGAGACUGAGGCCGAAGCCUUCGAGAAGGCGGACUGCCAGGAAAGGUGCAAAGACUUCGUGGACUGCGCCUUCUACUGGACUGGCACUUCCCAUGGAGCCCAGACGUGCCGUCUCUUUAAUGGAUGCGACAGCUUGGUACGCGAGUUCGGCAUUGACGGGGAUCUCUAUGCCCUGCCUUCGAACAUGAGCUGCCUAGUUGCGAAUCCGGAGCACUGCUGGAAGACGACGAUGCGGAGGCAGUUCCUGACCCAGACAGAGAGCGUGUCGCCAUCCUUCACUCUCUCUUCCGCUCUCUUCAACCAAGGAGGCUUAGCCGACUUCCAGAACAACGCCUCCCGACUGUUGAGCCGCGAGGUCACCUAUGAGGAGAAACUGGGAGAGAUAUCCACUGUGAAGCUGCUCGGAUGGACCGAGAUCUUCAAGCCCUUCGGUUAUGUGAGAGCCAUUGGAGGACUUGCGAGCGCAACAGUGCAGGGCCUGAAUCCAAACCAGGAGUACGAGUGGAGCCUUCUCACCCGCAGCAACCAGCGGCAGGUCAACCACAAAGUGGCGGUGAACCAUGGCCCACAGAUGACCCUUUCACAGCCGGAGUCUUCUCAAUCAACGGCGAUGAAGCAAGGGAAAUCAACAUCAACUCCUCGAGGAGAGCUGGUCUUCGAUUUCGAAGCCAGCGAGUAUUCGCUGGCACCGCAGGAUCUUCGAAGUGGGACCUCAUCCAGCAUCGCUUCCAAGAGCUGCCCUUCGGGAACGAUAAUGACUCAUUGCUCGUGCUAUGCAGAUUCAGGCAUCUGCGCCGGAGCAAAGAUGGAGCCUGCAUCCAACCCCAAAACAUGCAAAGCCUACGGGAGCCGGGAGGUCAGCGGAUGGUCUUCCAAAGGCGUGACGGUGAGAGCACACGUGCGCUGCAUGAAAUUGGAGUACAUCCGCAAUCUCCAAGUCGUCACGUCCAGCGGAGCGAGCUUUAGCUUUCUGCAGAGCGGGGCGGCAGCUGGCGAGAACGUUUCCGAGGAUACUCUGGAAGACGAGGGCGACGUAGACUUAGAGGUGAGUUCAGAGCUUAGUCUGGAUGCUGGUGGGCAUGCCCACGAGGAAGAGGAGGAAGACCCGGAGGCCCUGGAGCCCGGUGCAUUGGAUGGAGGCGACGAGCAUAGCGAGGAAGCCGAGGAAGUCGAGGAAGCCGAAGACGUUGAAGACGAUCCCGUUGACUCCGAAGAUGAAGGUGACCUUUCCGAGGACCCGAAUGCCGCUGCUCAUGUCGUGCCUUUCGCUAAAGAUUUUCGGUGUGAGGAGGACGAGGAUGAUGAGAUGGUGCCAUUCAAGUCGGAGCAUGGUGUUGUGCUUGCCCAAGAGGGCAUGGAGUCAGGCUGGGCCUUCCCUGCUGCCCUGAAAGCCUCAAACACUUUGCGACGACGUGUUUGCACAGUUUCCGGGGUGCAAUCCUGGCGCCGGCGCCGGUCGCCGCAGACGUGCGCGCAGAAGACGCGCCAGGCGCAGACGCGCCCGCAGAAGACGCUCUCGGCGCAGACGCACACUGCCGGCACAGGCACGACCGGUCUUGUUCGGCCCACUGGGCCUCCAGAUGCCACAGAUCUCAGGGAGAAGCAGGGCCAUUGGACUGACGUCCGGCAUCACUGCAAGCGGGUCUGGAGGAGUGGCGAGAGUUGCAGUGCGAAAGGUGGAUAUGCCCAGGCUUUGUGCGGAAAGCUGGACGACCCGGCAGCUCGCGACUGGGAAGACCGUUCGGCCGAGGGCUGGUACUGGUCCGACAAGGAGGAAGGUCCGGUGGCAAGCUGUCCUUCUCCGAAGGUCCUGGUUGGGUGCUGGUGCCAAUCGCACAGCGGUUCCGAGAAGGAGUGCGCUCGGCUCUGGUCGGAUGGCAACAGCUGCCGUGCCACCACGGGCCCGGGAAGAGUUGUCCGAGUGCAAUCCUACAUCAAGAUCUUCGCCCGUUGCGCGGACGUCCGGUCAUCGGCCCUCAUUCUCACUGGCAUCAACCUGACGCGGGUAGUGUCCACCAGCUUGCUCCAGGAUGAGCCCGCGAAGAACGAAGCCACGAUUAUGUCAAAGUCGUUCCGGUAUGUGCACUUGUUCCAGCAGUGCGAUGCCCUGCUGCUCAUGGGUGGGCUGGGGGUGGAGACCUGUGCUCGGCCGGCUUACCGAGAGCCGAGCUCCCAUGUAUGGCGCGGCAAGCGGCCCCUGCCCUCCAGCUUCCUGCAUGGUACCGAACUGAAUGUCGGGUGCUGGCAGGAGCGCUAUCAGUCCUUCCGUGCAGGCCAACGCUAUGCUCAUGAGACCCUGAAAUGUGUGAACGGAGACUGGUUCAACUCCCUCCAGCUUCCGGAACUCGCAGCCUUCUCUUGUGAGCCCUGCGUUCUCGUCGCUGGGAAGGGUUACACCAACUACGCGAAGAGGAACCAGCAAGAGCUCUACUACUUCAGCCGAAUGGCAAUGCGCGUGUACACGGAAUUAGGUUCUUUGGCCGCCACCCAUGGUGCCGCGCAGAAGUACUGCCUCAUGAAGGGCAUCGGCGGAAAUUCCUCAGCUGGUGGCAAGAUGGCACUCAUGGCUGCAUCCGCGUGUCCCGAAGUCCUGGCCAUGGAAGUUGUGGGCUCGGCCGAAGUGGAGGAUCGCAUGAUGGCUCUGCUUGACUUUGGCAUCCCGGACAACGGCUUUUGUCUGGAAGCUGUUCCUGGCGGCGAUGGUAUAAGCCCCAGCCUGGCCUACAAGAAAUGUGAUAUGGAGAGCCAGCAGCAGCUCAUUUCGCCUAUGGCUGUACCCGGUGUUCUCUGGGACAUGCACAAGGAAGCGGACCGCACUCUCGGCGAGGAUUUCCACAAGGCCUACGGGUCCUAUUGUGGAGCCCACGGAGCUUUGGCCUCUCUCGCCUUCGGGCAGGUCUUCGGAGGAGACACCUCAGGGCUCAAGUCGACGUGCCACUUCGCGCCAGUGAUCAAGUUCGGAGAGUUCCUGGACACGACGAUCACCUACGACAAGCGAAGCACAGACUGGCCCGAAUGGAAUACGCUCUUGGCCGAUGCACCGGUUCUAUGCCCAGAUGGAGAGGCUCUCACGGGCUUCAAGCUGCUGCCUGCACGGAACGUCUUCCGGUACGAGUGCAGCCGUAUCGGAGGCUUGGGCCAGACCUUCGAGUACUUCAGUGCUCAAGUGGAAGUGAAGAAGUUUGACCAGAAGAGGGCAAAUUUCAUUGGUGCACUGCGGAUGAUCAAGGUGGACUGUGGCGCCGAUGCCCUGCUCAGCGGCUUCCACUUCGAGUUCUCCGAAGGGGGACGCUGGGCUCGCUCCAAGUACACUUGCGCGAAAGCCGGCGGUGCUCCCGUUGUUAUGGAGCCCUCGACGACCAUCGAAAGCAUGACGCAAGCACCGGAAGGCCCCAACAGCCUCGUCAUGGUCAUUGUGUACAGCGACUGCAGUGUGUAUGUAAAUGCACUCACGGGCGACGCCUUGUCCUUCGAGCGGAACGGCGAGUGGUGCGUGGGUCCUGACUGCUCGGCCCCGGUGGGCGGAGCCACCCCUGUCGGUGUCUUGAUGACCAUGCUGGAGGUCCAUAAUGUCACCAACUUCGACGGGCACUUCGAGGGAAAGGGUGUCCCCUCCAUGGAGGAAGGGGGAAUGGACGACCUGGCCAAGAUGCUCAAGGAAUUCAAAGCAGAGAUGCCCAAGUACGCAGACGAGUGCCUUGACUACGGCGAAUUGUGGAACAAGCUCACCGAGACACACACCAACGCGGACAAGGAGGAGGUCGUGGAGGAGUCGAAGCUUGAGCCUGACGUCGGAACCGUCGAUGCCGAGCUGCCAGACGUCCACCCCUGCCAGAUAAUGCAGGAGACCGGCUUUGGAAUAUUUGGCAGGCUAGGGAAUGGUGAUGGCAAGCAAUCGCCUCCCAACCUUUUGUACAAGGAUUGGAUUCAGUGCAUGCAGGGGGACAUCAAUCGAGCUAUGCUCGGCGGCUACAUGCAGUUCGGCAACAGCCUCUACCACAGCAUCGCCAAUGUCGUCCAGUCCGCAGUGAAGCUGGUCUGCGCCGCCAUUCCCAGCGUUGUGACGGCCCCAUUGGGCGUCGGUGUCGAGCCCCAGCCGCAGAAGAUCUGUGCCGAAGUUACAGACCUGGUACGAACAAUCGUAGAUCUUCCUUUUGACAUCUCCAAGUCGGCAGUGGACUUCCAAAUUGAGAGGGAAGGGUACCUGGCCUGCAAUCCCUACGAGGCUGGCUUUGCACGGCUCUUCUGUGAUAUCCACUGCGUGCGUGACGCCGUCAUCCGUGGUGACCGAACAAUUCUACGGAACUUGGAACAGGCUACCAAGAUCUCCAACGAUAACAUGAGGAAGAUGGUGGAGUGGUCCACGGAAGCAACCAGGACGGAGACGGAAUACCUGGACAAGAAGAUCGACCACUCUCUCAAGAUCAACACCAUCUACUUGCACCACAUUGCCAAGAACACACAGCCCAAAGAAGAGGAGCUCUUGCAGAAUGCUGUGACUGCCACGGGAUCCAUGCUCGCCGAGCUCAAGGGCUUUGCCGAGAUCUCCUCCUUGGGCGUCUCCCGCGUUGCUGCCGGGGAUGCUCUGACAAGGUUCCUUUCUGCUACCGAGCCUCUGGUCGAGAGCAACGCCACGCGCAUGGGCCAGGUGCAGAAAUUCCAGAACUUGGUGUCUGACCUUCAUCAGACGAUGCGGGCAUCCGCGGGUGGGCUCACGAAGGCAGAAGCGGUGGGACGGCAAGUUGCUAGCGAGGCUCGGCAGCUUCAGGACCGAACGCGCCGGCAAGCACAGGUCUUGGGCAUCUAUCGGGUGCACAGCCGCGCCGCACACAAGGCGGCCAAGUCCUGGGCCCGAGAGCAGACGCUGGUGACAUUGGACAAGUUGUGGUGGCGUAUCCGGGACCGGCUGGACCGCUAUCUUGAUGUCGCCGGGGAUGAGAUCACCCAGCUUGAACUUUCAGUCACGAAGUUGGCCGAGUACGAGAAUUGCAAAGCAGGCACCUUAGACCUGCUCCAGUCAUAUUCCUCCGGUAUGAAGUCGAUGCGCCGGAGUCGCGCACAACUUCGGGCUGUGUGGCGAGAGACGUCCAACCUGGUGGGCGAGCUUGCGGCCAUCAUCAGUGACAGCGACGUUUUCGGGCGCCUCAUGGCUGCUGAGGGCUGCAAGUCUGCCCUGGCGGCGCAGACACUGGAUCAAAUCCGCUUCGUGCUGCAAGACUCGGGCUUCUUGAUCCACCGUUUCGAGGCGGCCAACCUACCACAGCCAGAUGUCUCCGUGUUGCAAGCGGCAGUGGAUCAGAUUCACUCCGCUUACGUUUCGGCAUGGUCCUCUUGCCAUGCAGAAGCUCAUCACAAUACAUUGCACUGA